GUGAGAUCGCGCAAGCUUGCUCAUCUGCACAACGCACCCAAGAGGCGAGCCUGACUUGCUCGAUCAGGCGUAAGCCUCCAUGCUCACGAUCACGUGCACACAGCCGAGACUGGUCGUGGUCUCAAAGCUCAAGCCGCCCAGCGAUAUCUUAGCAUUACACGAAAAGACGUCACAUCUCCAUUUCGGCGAGAACUACGUCCAGGAACUCGUCGACAAGGCCAGCAUAUUGCCUGCGAGCAUCCGUUGGCGAUUCAUCGGAUCACUACAGAGCAACAAGUGCAAGGUCCUCGCUGCAAUACCCAAUCUCGCUGCCGUGGAAACGCUCGACAGCGUCAAGAAGGCUGAUCUCUUCGAACGAGCCUUGUCAGGAGAGAGCGACGAUCGCAAGCUUGCAGUCUAUCUGCAAGUCAACACGUCCGGUGAGGAAAGCAAGUCGGGUUUGCCAAUUCUGGCCGACAGGAAUGCCGACGGCGAGCUCGCCCAUCUCGCCCUGCAUGUCCUCGACCACUGUCCUCAUCUCGAGCUUCAGGGAUUGAUGACCAUUGGUGCAUACGACAAUUCCAACGCGCCGCCCGGCAGCCCAGAGAAUGCCGACUUUCGCUCUCUGCGCGAAUGUCGUGAUGCUUUGAAGGAGAAGCUAGGCGACAGGCUCCCGUCGCUCGAGCUGUCGAUGGGCAUGUCUAGCGAUUUUGCAGAUGCUAUUCGAAGCGGCUCUGAUAACAUCCGCGUUGGCUCCAAGCUGAUGGGGUCCAGGCCAUCAAAGGCAGAAGCAAAGGAAGCCAGAGAGCAGCAAAAAGUCUCAGCCUAGCCAGAGUUGUGACCAGCGAUGCAACCGUCGCCAGCUCUCAGCAGUGGAGUCGGCAGCCGCAAACGCCGCUCGGAUGGCCAUGGGCCUCGCCGCGGUCUGAAAUGCGCGGCCUCCUGCGUUCCCUGACGGUGAUCUUCGCCGACCGAUCACAGGUGCCCCCACGCCGAAUGCGACCCUUGUCCGAAAUAGCACGGCCUCUUCCUCGGGUGGACAUGGGCAAACCACUCGCCCGUUUGCACUAGCAAGCAUAGACAGUGGCAACAAUCA